CAUCUCAUCUCUUUCCGCAGACUCUUCUUCAGCGGGGAAGAGGCUCAGACAAACACUUUCCUCUCUAGUUUGUGAAGCUUCAUCCUGAAGGAUGGAUUGUUCUGAAGAAGUUCAGGCUGUUUCAGAGGAGCUCAUCCCUCCAAUGGAACUAAAAAAAGGAAUGUCCAUUUUUAUUGAUAUUUUGCGGAGGGCUGAUAAAAAUGAUGAUGGAAAGUUGUCUUUUGAUGAAUUCAAAUCCUACUUUUCGGAUGGAGUUCUGACUGCUGACGAGCUGAAGGAGCUCUUCCAUACCAUUGAUACUCAUAACACUGACAAUGUGGACACAGAUGAACUCUGUGAUUAUUUCUCUCAGCACCUGGGUGAAUAUGAAAAAGUUCUUGCUGCUUUGGAGGAGCUCAACAUGUCCAUACUGAAGGCUAUGGACAAAACCAAAAAGGAUUAUCAGGAGUCCACCCACCUGGAGCAGUUUGUGACCCGUUUCUUGUUGAAGGAGACGACCAAUCAGCUUCAUUCACUUCAGAGCUCGCUGGAGUGCGCCAUGGAAACCACAGCCGAGCAGACUCGCCAGGAGAAACAGGGGCCGGUGAAGCCAGACAUUCUGUCCAUCCAGCUGUCAGGUCGCCGCUCCACUCGAAGGCUGCAGAGGAACAACAGCCUUUCCCCCAACAACCCUCUCCUCAGUCUCGUCAAUUCAGGUGUUUAUGAUGAAGAUGGCCUGUGGACAGUCCAGGUCAACAGACUGCAGAAACUAAUCGACCGUCUAGAACAAAAGGAGAUUCGCAUGGAGCCAGCGGAGGAGGAGGUCCUGGACAGCAAAUCGCACAUCCUAAUAGUCCAGCGGCAGCUCACAGUGCUGGAGGACGAACUGGAUGAGUUCCGUUUGGCUCUCAGACAAUACAUGGAGUGUGCCUGUGCCCAGACUGGAUGUCUACACAUUGCAGUUCAACGGCUGGCAAACGAAUCACGCUUCAUUCUCUAUGAGUUCUGGGAACACAACAACGUGUGGAAGAAUCACCUACAAACAAACUACAGUAAAACUUUUCAGCGGGGAAAUGUAGACUUCCUGGAAACACCUGAGACCAUAACCACCAUGCUUGUUCCAGCGUCGUGGUGGGUCCUCAACAACAACUGAACAGGGAGGAGCACGUCCAACUGAUCGUCACUGAUGGGUGGGAGGAGCAGCCAGACUCCUGUCAGCCCUUCAGGAGGUCCAGAUCAGCACGUCAUCACAGACUCACACACUAACUCAACACAACUUGUGAAGUCAUGGUGAUUAGUAUUUAUUACCUCCAUGUUCCUUCAUAGUUUGGUCGUAGCUGAGACAGCCCCAUAGGACUUUUUUUUCACAUCUCUAGAUGAUGCAGUGUCGUCCCCAAAAGAAACACCGUUGAGAGUCACUGUACUUUGCCGUGGCUAUGACUCCAUCUGCAGUCCAGGGAUGUUCAUGACAGAUGGGGUGUACGUGUGUACCUGUGUAGGCAUUGAUGAGCAGUUUUAAAGCGCAACUUCCAGGUUAAUAGCAGCAGCAAAAUCAUGGAGGAACAAAAAAUGAAUUUAAUUUUAAGAAGAACAUGUACUGAAAACAAACAAAUGUCAGCAUAAUGUUCAUGGGAGGUAAAAAGUUUACCAAAAUCUUUCAAAGGAAAAACAAAGCUCGCUUAGUUUAGAAAAUAAAACGGAAAAUUCAGUUAAAAUAUUUCACAAAUAUAAAAGUAUGUUAUAUUUAGCUAAAAAUCCAUAACAAAAUUUUACAUUUCAGAAGGUUAUAACUCCAGUACCUUCUUCUUGCGGUUUAAAGCCGGUAUAGAUUUAGGUAAUGUAGUACAUAAUGACAUUCAACAGCAAUAUAUUCCAAUAAAAUAUCGUACAACAAUUAGUUUAGGUAAAGAACAAAAGAAAGUUGCAAAUAAAGCUUUUCUUAAGCUUAAGCUGCUUUACUGUUUACUUUCUCUUGCAUUUGAUUAAAAAAAAUGUUCAAAACAUCUUAAAAUCAAGGACUUAAUUUUUAAAAAAUAUUGCUAAUUUCUGUUUAUCAUGGCUGGUAAAAGUUAAGUGGAAAAUUGCUCUUCAUACGGAGUUUUCUUUUAAACUAAGUAUUUUAUCCUCACAGUUAGUAUUAUGUUAGAAUUAACGUUUUGUGUUUACUUGUGAUUAUUGUCUAUUUAUGAAGACACUAGAAAAUUAAUUCAGUGUAUGUUUCUACGCACAAAGAUUCAAAUGUGUUUGGGAGGAAAGGUCAGACUCAGAAUAGAACUAAUGACUGUAGCAGCUUGAGGGAGCUCAUUAAACGUUAACACUGCAGUUUCUGUAUUUGAAAUGAAAAUUGUAUUUAAAAUGUAAUUAAAUUAUGGAAUAAAGCUUAUAAUGUUAUGGAUCUGAUGGAAA